GCUUCGGGUAACAACGGUCAAUAAUGAAGGUGGCUGCGGCGCGGCGGCAGGCUCAGCUGCGCCGGGCGGGGGCGGCGCCGCGGCCGCGCCUGUGAGACUCGGGGCCGACGCCGCGGGAUGGGGACGCGGCGCGGGGAGUGAGGCAGUGGCGGCGGCGGUGGUAAGCGGAACUUCGGCCCGAGGGGCUCGCCCGCUCCCGCCUCUGUCUUGUCGGCCUCCACCUGCAGCCCCGCGGCCUCCGCGCCCCGCGGGACCGGGACGGCGACGACGGGGGAAUGUGGCGCUGGAUCCGGCAGCAGCUGGGUUUUGACCCACCACAUCAGAGUGACACAAGAACCAUCUACGUAGCCAACAGGUUUCCUCAGAAUGGCCUUUACACACCUCAGAAAUUUAUAGAUAACAGGAUCAUUUCAUCUAAGUACACUGUGUGGAAUUUUGUUCCAAAAAAUUUAUUUGAACAGUUCAGAAGAGUGGCAAACUUUUAUUUUCUUAUUAUAUUUUUGGUUCAGCUUAUGAUUGAUACACCUACCAGUCCAAUUACCAGUGGACUUCCAUUAUUCUUUGUGAUAACAGUAACUGCCAUAAAGCAGGGAUAUGAAGAUUGGUUACGGCAUAACUCAGAUAAUGAAGUAAAUGGAGCUCCUGUUUAUGUUGUUCGAAGUGGUGGCCUUGUAAAAACUAGAUCAAAAAACAUUCGGGUGGGUGAUAUUGUUCGAAUAGCCAAAGAUGAAAUUUUUCCUGCAGACUUGGUGCUUCUGUCCUCAGAUCGACUUGAUGGUUCCUGUCACGUUACAACUGCUAGUUUGGAUGGAGAAACUAACCUGAAGACACACGUGGCAGUUCCAGAAACAGCAUUAUUACAAACAGUUGCCAAUUUGGACACUCUAGUAGCUGUAAUAGAAUGCCAGCAACCAGAAGCAGACUUAUACAGAUUCAUGGGACGAAUGAUCAUAACCCAACAAAUGGAAGAAAUUGUAAGACCUCUGGGGCCAGAGAGUCUCCUGCUUCGUGGAGCCAGAUUAAAAAACACAAAAGAAAUUUUUGGUGUUGCGGUAUACACUGGAAUGGAAACUAAGAUGGCAUUAAAUUACAAGAGCAAAUCACAGAAGCGAUCUGCAGUAGAAAAGUCAAUGAAUACAUUUUUGAUAAUUUAUCUAGUAAUCCUUAUAUCUGAAGCUGUCAUCAGCACUAUCUUGAAGUAUACAUGGCAAGCUGAAGAAAAAUGGGAUGAACCUUGGUAUAACCAAAAAACAGAACAUCAAAGAAAUAGCAGUAAGAUUCUGAGAUUUAUUUCAGACUUCCUUGCUUUUUUGGUUCUCUACAAUUUCAUCAUUCCAAUUUCAUUAUAUGUGACAGUCGAAAUGCAGAAAUUUCUUGGAUCAUUUUUUAUUGGCUGGGAUCUUGAUCUGUAUCAUGAAGAAUCAGAUCAGAAAGCUCAAGUCAAUACUUCCGAUCUGAAUGAAGAGCUUGGACAGGUAGAGUACGUGUUUACAGAUAAAACUGGUACACUGACAGAAAAUGAGAUGCAGUUUCGGGAAUGUUCAAUUAAUGGCAUGAAAUACCAAGAAAUCAAUGGUAGACUUGUACCCGAAGGACCAACACCAGAUUCUUCAGAAGGAAACUUAUCUUAUCUUAGUACUUUAUCCCAUCUUAACAACUUAUCCCAUCUUACAGCCAGUUCCUCUUUCAGAACCAGUCCUGAAAAUGAAACUGAACUAAUUAAAGAACAUGAUAUCUUCUUUAAAGCAGUCAGUCUCUGUCACACUGUACAGAUUAGCAAUGUUCAAACUGACUGCAUUAGUGAUGGUCCCUGGCAAUCCAACCUGGCACCCUUGCAGUUGGAGUACUAUGCAUCUUCACCAGAUGAAAAGGCUCUAGUAGAAGCUGCUGCAAGGAUUGGUGUUGUGUUUAUUGGCAAUUCUGAAGAAACUAUGGAAGUUAAAACACUUGGAAAACUGGAACGGUACAAACUGCUUCAUAUUCUGGAAUUUGAUUCAGAUCGUAGGAGAAUGAGUGUAAUUGUUCAGGCACCUUCAGGUGAGAAGUUAUUAUUUGCUAAAGGAGCUGAGUCAUCGAUUCUCCCUAAAUGUAUAGGUGGAGAAAUAGAAAAAACCAGAAUUCAUGUAGAUGAAUUUGCUUUGAAAGGGCUAAGAACUCUGUGUAUAGCAUAUAGAAAAUUUACAUCAAAAGAGUAUGAGGAAAUAGAUAAACGCAUAUUUGAAGCCAGGACUGCCUUGCAGCAGCGGGAAGAGAAAUUGGCAGAUGUUUUCCAGUUCAUAGAGAAAGAUCUGAUAUUACUUGGAGCCACAGCAGUAGAAGACAGACUACAAGAUAAAGUUCGAGAAACUAUUGAAGCAUUGAGAAUGGCUGGUAUCAAAGUAUGGGUACUUACUGGAGAUAAGCAUGAAACAGCUGUUAGUGUGAGUUUAUCAUGUGGCCAUUUUCAUAGAACGAUGAACAUCCUUGAACUUACAAACCAGAAAUCAGACAGCGAAUGUGCUGAGCAAUUGAGGCAGCUUGCCAGAAGAAUUACAGAGGAUCAUGUGAUUCAGCAUGGGCUGGUAGUGGAUGGGACCAGCCUAUCUCUUGCACUCAGGGAGCAUGAAAAACUAUUUAUGGAAGUUUGCAGAAAUUGUUCAGCUGUAUUAUGCUGUCGUAUGGCUCCACUGCAGAAAGCAAAAGUAAUAAGACUAAUAAAAAUAUCACCUGAGAAACCUAUAACAUUGGCUGUUGGUGAUGGUGCUAAUGACGUAAGCAUGAUACAAGAAGCCCAUGUUGGCAUAGGAAUCAUGGGUAAAGAAGGAAGACAGGCUGCAAGAAACAGUGACUAUGCAAUAGCCAGAUUUAAGUUCCUCUCCAAAUUGCUUUUUGUUCAUGGUCAUUUUUACUAUAUUAGAAUAGCUACCCUUGUACAGUAUUUUUUUUAUAAGAAUGUGUGCUUUAUCACACCCCAGUUUUUAUAUCAGUUCUACUGUUUGUUUUCUCAGCAAACAUUGUAUGACAGCGUGUACCUGACUUUAUACAAUAUUUGUUUUACUUCCCUACCUAUUCUGAUAUAUAGUCUUUUGGAACAGCAUGUAGACCCUCAUGUAUUACAAAAUAAGCCCACCCUCUAUCGAGACAUUAGUAAAAACUGCCUCUUAAGUAUUAAAACAUUUCUUUAUUGGACCAUCCUGGGUUUCAGUCAUGCCUUUAUUUUCUUUUUUGGAUCCUAUUUACUAAUAGGGAAAGAUACAUCUCUGCUUGGAAAUGGCCAGAUGUUUGGAAACUGGACAUUUGGCACUUUGGUCUUCACAGUCAUGGUUAUUACAGUCACAGUAAAGAUGGCUCUGGAAACUCAUUUUUGGACUUGGAUCAACCAUCUCGUUACCUGGGGAUCUAUUAUAUUUUAUUUUGUAUUUUCCUUGUUUUAUGGAGGGAUUCUCUGGCCAUUUUUGGGGUCCCAGAAUAUGUAUUUUGUGUUUAUUCAGCUCCUAUCAAGUGGUUCUGCUUGGUUUGCCAUAAUCCUCAUGGUUGUUACAUGUCUAUUUCUUGAUAUCGUAAAGAAGGUCUUUGACCGACACCUCCACCCUACAAGUACUGAAAAGGCACAGCUUACUGAAACAAAUGCAGGUAUCAAGUGCUUGGACUCCAUGUGCUGUUUCCCGGAAGGAGAAGCAGCGUGCGCAUCUGUUGGAAGAAUGCUGGAACGAGUUAUAGGAAGAUGUAGUCCGACCCACAUCAGCAGCCAUUUUGAUGCAGCAUUACCUCUUUUGAACCUGCCCCAGGAGUUAUUGAAUUUACUUUGACAUGUUCUCUUGAAGAUCAUGGAGUGCAUCGGAUCCUUUCUAUACCAACGACAGGAGCAUCUUGACUCUCUCCACAAUGGACUCAUCUACUUGUUAAAGGGGCAGUAGUACUUUGUGGGAGCCAUUUCACCUCCUUUCCUAAAAUUCAGUGUGAUCACCCUGUUAAUGGCCACACUAGCUCUGAAAUUAAUUUCCUAAAUCUUUGUAGUAGUUCAUACCCACUCAGAGUUAUAAUGGCAAACAAACAGAAAGAAUACAAGCCCCUCCCAACACCCUUAAUUUGAAUCUGAACAUGUUAAAAUUUGAGAAUAAAGAGACAUUUUUCAUCUCUGUCUGGUUUGUCCCUUGUGCUUAUGGGACUCCUAAUGGCAUUUCAGUCUGUUGCUGAGGCCAUUAUAUUUUAAUAUAAAUGUAGAAAAAAAGAUAAAUCUUAGUAAAGUGUAUUUUUUAGUAUUAGCUUGAUUACUGACUCUUCUAUUUAAAUCUGCUUCUGUAAAUUAUGCUGAAAGUUUUCCUUGAGAACUCUAUUUUUUUAUUAGAGUUAUAUUUGAAGCUUUUCAUGGGAAAAGUUAAUGUGAAUACUGAGGAAUUUUGGUCCCUCAGUGACCUGUGUUGUUAAUUCAUUAAUGCAUUCUGAGUUCACAGAGCAAAUUAGGAGAAUCAUUUCCAACCAUUAUUUACUGCAGUAUGGGGAGUAAAUUUAUACCAGUUCCUUUAACUGUACUGUAACACAGCCUGUAAAGUUAGCCAUAUAAAUGCAAGGGUAUAUCAUAUAUACAAAUCAGGAAUCAGGUCCAUUCACCGAAUUUCAAAUUGAUGUUUACUAAUAUUUUUGUGACAGAGUAUGAAGACCCUAUAGUAGGUAAAUUAGAUACCAUUAGCAUAUUAUUAACUUAAUGUUUUUAUCAUUGGAUCUUUUGCAUGUUUUAAUCUGGUUAACAUAUUUAAAUUUGCUUUCUCUUUACCUGAAGGCUCUGUGUAUAGUAUUUCAUGACAUCGUUGUAAAGUUUAACUACAUCAAUAAAAAGUUUGGACAGUAUUUAAAUAUUGCAAAUAUGUUUAAUUAUACAAAUCAGAAGAGUAUGGGUAAUUAAAUCAAUAAAAAGAGAAGAGCCUCUUUCUGCAGCCAGCUUAGACUUGCUCUUCCCUUUCUGUAAGCUAGAUUUUAGAAUAAAGGGUUUCAGUUAAUAAUCUUAUUUUCAGGUGAUGUCAUCUAAGUUAUAGCAAACUACCACAAUACAGUGAGUUCUGCCAGUGUCCCAGUGCAAGGCAUAUUUUCAGGUGUGGCUAUGGAAUGUAAAUUGUUAAAAGUCUAAAAUGCUAAACUUGUAUCAGGUAACGUUAGCAAUAAAUUACAAUGCUAAGAAUGAUUAAUCGGGUACAUGUUACUGUAAUUAACUCAUUGCACUUCAAAACCUAACAACUUCCAUCCUGAAUUUAUCAAGUAGUUCAGUAUUGUCAUUUGUUUUUGUUUUAUUGAAAAGUAAUGUUGUCUUAAGAUUUAGAAGCGAUUAUUAAUUAGUUUAAGAACUAUUACCCAGCUCUAAGCAAAUAAUGAUUGUAUACAUAUUAAGAAAAUGGUUAAAUGCGGUUUUACCAAGUUUUCCCUUGAAAAUGUCAUUCCUUUAUGGAGAUUUAUUGUGCAGCCCUAAGCUUCCUUCCCAUUUCAUGAAUAUAAGGCUUCUAGAAUUGGACUGGCAGGGGAAAGAAUGGUAGAGACAGAAAUUAAGACUUUAUCUUUGUUUGGUUGUAAACUAUUUUCUUGCUAAUGUAACAACAUUUGUCUGUUCCAGUGAUGUAAAGAUCUUAAGUUAUUAAGCUAAAUAUUUUCAAAAAUAGUCCUUUAACUUAGAUACUCCAUAGCUGGAUUUAGGAAGAUCUGUUAUUCUGGAAAUACUAAAAGAAAGAAUAAUACAACAUAUAAUGUCUGCAUUCACUAAUUCAUGUUCUGGAAGAGGAAAUACUGAAGAUAUACUCAGUAGAGUACUGUAGUGGAGGAUAUGGAAAUUUGCUCAUAAAAUCUCUUACAAAACGUACAUAUAACAAAAUGACAUCCAAUAGGCCUGCAUUACAUUUACAUGACAGUGUUUAUUUGCCAUCAAAUAAACUGAGUACCGACACUAGACAAAGACUCCAAAGUCAUAAAAUAGCCUAUGACCAACUGCAGCAAGACAGGAGGUCAGCUCGCCUAUAAUGGUGCUUAAAGUGUGAUUGAUUGAUGUAAUUUUCUGUACUUACCAUUUGAAGUUAGUUAAGGAGAACUUUAUUUUUUUUAAAAAAGUAAAUGGCAUCCACUAGUGUGCUCAUCCUGAACUGUUACUCCAAAUCCACUCCGUUUUUAAAGCAAAAUUAUCUUGUGAUUUUAAGAAAAGUUUUCCAUUUAUAAUAAAGUAACAAUGCAGUCUGUCUACAAGCUUUCAGUAGUUUUCUAGUGCUAUAUUCAUCCUGUAAAACUCUUACUAUGUAACCAGUAAUCACAAGGAAACUGUCCCCUUUGCAUAUUUCUUUAAAAUUCUUUGGAAAGUAUGAUGUUGAUAAUUAACUUACCCUUAUCUGCCAAAACCAGAGCAAAAUGCUAAAUGUGUUAUUGCUAGUUAAUCAGUGGUCUCAAAUCGAUUUGCCUCCGUUUGCCUCGUCUGAGGGCUGUAAGCCUGAAGAUAGUGGCAAGCACCAAGUCAGUUUCCAAAAUUGCCCCUCAGCUGCUUUAAGUGACUCAGCACCCUGCCUCAGCUUCAGCAGGCAUAGGCUCACCCUGGGCAGAGCAAAGUAUGGGCCAGGGAGAACUACAGCUACGAAGACCUACUGUCGAGUUGAGAAAAGGGGAGAAUUUAUGGUUGAAUUUUUUAACUGUCCUCUUUUCCUCUUUCUUGGGUCUAAAGCUCAUGAUUGAUAGACAAAGGCUUCCAGACCUGAGCCACGCCCAGGCCCUAUCCUGAACAGGAGACUAAACAGAGGCAAAUCAACCUUAGGAAAUACUUGCAUUCUGCCCUACGAUUAGUACCAGGACUGAGGUCAUUUCUACUGCAAAAGAUUGUGAGACUGAACUUUUCUGAUCGCUUGAGACUCCUAAUAGGCAGGAGUCAAGGCCACCAGAAAACUGACAGUUAAGAGCCAAAAGUUUUUCAAAUAUGCUACUCUGAAAAUCUCGUGAAGGCUGUAGGAAAAGGGAGAAUCUUCCAUGUUGGUAUUUUUCCUGUAAAGAUCAGUUUGGGGUAUGAUAUAAGCAGGUAUUAAUAAAAAUAACACACCAAAGAGUUACAUAAAACAUGUUUUAUUAAUUUUGGUCCCCACUUACAUUUCUAUCUUGAAAUGAGUUAUCUAUUUUCAUAAAACAUUAUUAAAGUGCUGUUUUAUGUGAAAUAACUUGAAUGUUGUUCCUAUAAAAAAUAGAUCAUAACUGUUUGUAAUGAUGGUAAUUUAGAUUUUUAUGAGGAACGAGUAUCUGGAAAUACUGUAGCAAUACUUAGUUUAAAAUUUUGGACCUGAGACACUGUGGCUGUCUAAUGUAAUCCUUUAAAAAUUCUCUGCAUUGUCGGUAAAUGUAGUAUAUUAUUGUACAGCGCUCCAUAAUUUUUUAAAGUUUAUGAAGUUAUAUUUAUCAAAUAAAAAUUUUCCUAUAUAA